GACAACUCUUAAGUUAAAAACAUUGCUGGAUUAAUAUAUACGACAUGGCCUCCAGUCCAAAAAAGGAACAUUUUGAGGAGCUAGUAGAGAGCAUGGCCGUAGAGGAGGUGGAAAGGAUCCUCGCACUGUCGAGGAGCGUUGAAAACACUCUGCAGGACUCAGAGGCCUGUAAGCUGCUACGGUGCUUCAUGGAAAGCGCCAACAAAUCCUUGCAGUGUCUGGACAUUCAUGAGAAAUGCGCCGAGUUCCUAGCGGAGAAACACCCCACAUACGAUUCCUUCGUGUUGGACAUUCUGGCCCGUUUGGGACUUGCGCCCCACCUGAAGCAGAGUCUAGCGUAUCGAUUGGAGAAUAGUGAUUCGAUUUCAAUUAGCCUCUGUCUUAAAAACAUCAUGCGAAGUUGUCGCGACGAGAUAGAGGAAUUCUUCACCGAUUAUGAAGACUCUAUUACAAAAAAGCUAACAAAUCUAAAGCUGGGACCACAGAAAUAA